CUAAACGUGCGUAUUGAGACACCAAGUCAUGGAUCUUGAAAUGGGCAUACACGGUGAUAAUGGAUAUACAUUGCCUUUGGAGAUCUUCACUUGCAAGACUGUCAAGAAGAUGGAACUAGGGAGAGAAAUUGUUAUCAGUGUGCUGCCUCAGAAUGCUUUGCUUCCAGCGCUUGAGACUCUCAUUUUUGACAACGUUCGGUUCUGUAAUCUUGCUGAUUGUGCGUUCAAGGCGUUUCUUUCGGCUUGCCCUGUGCUUAAGGAACUAACCAUUGAUGAAGCUAAGCUCCAUCUUCUUGUGAUGGUAAAUCACGAAUGGCAUGGACAGUUUGCAGAAGAUGGUGAUAUCUUGUCUAGCAAUGCAACAAAUCUGAUUCAAGGGAUAAGAAAUGUCCAGAUCCUGCAAUUAUCAUCUCCUUAUAUGUUUGAGGGUGGACUGCACUAUGCUGAAGAACCUGAUGAUGUUGAAGAACCUGACGAUGUUGAAGAACAUGACUAUGUUUGCGGGUGUAUGUCGGGAUAUUCUUGUCUAUUGACAUGUCCUCUAGAGAUCUUGGAGUUAGACUUAUGGGAGCACGGCACUAUUGGUGAAUUGGAGCAAAUAAAACACUUCUUAGGAAAACUCUCCCGUCUUGAGUUGUUGAAAGUUCAUUCUCGGGAAAGAUUAAGCAACAAGGAAAAGUUAAGAAUCGUCACGGAUCUGCUAAUGCUUCCAAGAGCUUCGCCCAAGUGCAAGAUCCACAUCAGUUUUACUUAAAAAAUACCAACUCAAGCGUGAAGAACAGACUUUGGUUAUCCUAGUUGCAGUAGUCAGUUUUGUGCACAAUCUUUGUCCCAUUUAUCUCUAGUUACACUCUGUGGUCUUUUAUUGGAUUCUCCUAGUUAUCUUGAGUCUGAUUCAAUCUACUUUCUAGCCAUGUUUUGAUUUCGCUUCGGUGGGUUUUUAGUUUUUGUAAAUGUUUCAAAUUGUACUUUCGAACAAGCCAAUAUCGAUCACUUGGGGCUGUUCGCAUAACGCUCUGUUUUGCUGUGUGAUAUUGAGGAGAAUCCUUGAAACGACGCUGUUUCGGUAUCUCAUCAAUGAAAACAAACUUUUGAU